ACAUGCCAGCUCUAUUCCUCUCAUUCACUUCUCUCUCUCUCUCUCUCUAACACACUCAUAGAAAUUUCAAAUUUUGCACAGAAGAGAGAGAGAAAGAGAUAGCGAGAGAGGGCUAUUUUAUUCUUCAACCAAAAUCAGCCCUCUUUUGGGGUCCCUUUGAAAAAUAUAACCACGAAAAAGUUAGCCCUAGACUGUUGUAAUCGUCGUUUUGCUGCUUUGGUAGAGAAGGAGAGUGGGAGUUAGGGUUUAUGUUUGUUAUGGGAAGAACUCAUGAGAAUCUUGCAAUUUAGUAGGUCUACUGAAAUGUAAAUGUUUAGAAUAUUGGUUUAAAAGUUUGGAGAGAGAGACAAAGUGAGAUGGAAGGUGGGGGAAGGAGGAUUUCGGCGAGCCCUAGACCAUGCAGUGUUAGGCGGGUGGUGGCGAAGAAAAGGCCCCGAGUUGGAGGCGUUGAUGGGUUUGUCAACAGUGUUAAGAAGCUCCAGAGACGAGAAAUCAGUUCCAAACGGGACCGUGCUUUCACCAUGAGCGAUGCCCAAGAGAGAUUUCGCAAUAUUCGUCUCCAGGAAGAAUAUGAUACACAUGAUCCGAAGGGUCAUUGUUCUAUGGUACUGCCUUUUUUAAGGAAGAGGUCCAAGAUCAUUGAGAUUGUAGCAGCUCGUGACAUUGUGUUUGCUCUUGCACAAUCCGGUGUUUGUGCAGCUUUUAGCAGAGAGACUAAUCAGAGGAUAUGCUUUCUCAAUGUCAGUCCCGAUGAAGUUAUACGGAGCUUGUUUUACAAUAAAAAUAAUGACUCGCUUAUCACAGUUUCAGUUUAUGCUUCAGACAAUUUCAGUUCUUUAAAAUGUAGAAGCACAAGGAUUGAAUAUAUUCGAAGGGGCAAACCAGAUGCUGGCUUUGCUCUUUUUGAAUCCGAGUCGCUAAAAUGGCCGGGUUUUGUUGAGUUUGACGAUGUAAAUGGGAAGGUUCUCACAUAUUCCGCACAGGAUAGUAUAUACAAGGUGUUUGACCUGAAGAACUAUACCAUGCUCUACUCCAUAUCUGAUAAAAAUGUUCAGGAAAUAAAGAUAAGUCCUGGGAUCAUGCUGUUGAUUUUAACUAAGGCUAGUGGCCAUGUGCCCCUUAAGAUUCUUUCUAUAGAGGAUGGUACAGUUCUCAAAUCAUUUAAUCAUCUCCUUCACCGGAAUAAGAAGGUGGAUUUUAUCGAACAGUUCAACGAGAAGCUUCUUGUCAAGCAAGAAAAUGAGAACCUCCAGAUUCUUGAUGUUCGUAAUUUUGAGCUAACAGAAGUUAGCAGAACUGAAUUUAUGACACCGUCAGCUUUUAUAUUUCUGUAUGAGAACCAGUUAUUCUUAACGUUUAGAAAUCGAACUGUGGCUGUAUGGAACUUUCGUGGGGAGCUUGUAACUUCGUUUGAGGAUCACCUUUUGUGGCACCCCGACUGCAAUACUAAUAACAUAUACAUUACUAGUGAUCAAGAUCUUAUUAUAUCUUACUGCAAGGCUGAUUCUGAUGAUCCCUUGUCCGAAGGAAGUGCAGGGUCGAUCAAUAUCAGCAAUAUUUUGACUGGGAAAUGCCUUGCUAAAAUUAGAGCAAGUAACAGUACCCCAUUGGAAAUAGAAGGUUGCUGUAGUAAGUGUUGUGUCAGUGGCAGCGGCAGCGGCAGCAAAUGCCAAUCAAAGAAGCGUUCCCAAGCAGCCAGAACUCGGAGCACAGUUGCUGAAGCAUUGGAAGAUAUUACUGCUCUAUUCUACGAUGAAGAGCGGAAUGAGAUCUAUACAGGCAAUAGGCAUGGUCUAGUACACGUGUGGUCUAACUAAUGGUUUCUACUAUCCUUUCUUGUGUUCAUUAGAUUCAUUAUUGCUGUUUUUAGUGGUUGAAUUGAUUGUGUUGAUGUAAGCAAGAGUUGGGAACAAUUGUAUCAUUAAAUUGCCUUGUAUCAUGUCAUAUACCCGUUUAACUAAAUCCCCUUUGCCUCUUGUCUUGUGCCUGUUGUACCCUGUAUUGGAAGUGAAACAGCCUAUUCAUAGAAUGGUUUUUCAUAGUGAAUGUGCCGUACAAAUCUUGUUCUGAAAUGAAUGAUUGCUAAUUUGUUUCUUCA